GGAGGUAGUUGUGGUUUUUCUUGGUUUUUCGUGUGGUUUGUGGUCUUCGUGAAACUCAUCGAGUUUCCUGAUAUUUCACGAAUGUGAAUCCUCGACGGACACGGUGUCCAAAGGAAUACGACUGUUCCCGAAGGAUAGGAAGCGGCUUUAGUUUAACACUGGGCGGUGUCAGGUUAGGUUUCCAGGAAAGGUGAACUAAUAAAUCGCAGAGCUGUCUAGCUUGGUGGGUUGCGUCUCGACGAUGGCCGACGACGAAGAGCAGGAGGAGUUACGGUGCACAGGAAGCGACGUCGAGAUCGAGGAGUACACCGACACCGAGGACUCACCAUAUGUCGCUUAUCAAGCCACUGAUAAGCUGUUCGAUACGGACAAGGCGACCUGGCAAAAAUUCAGCUUCCUUGCUACCCUUCUGACCGUUGUCGUAUCCAUUACCUUUUUGAUUAUCACCUAUCCCCUUUAUCUCGAAAAUGUCAGCUACGUGUCCAACGCCUACACAGGACUUCUUUUCACUGCCUUCUGCUCUGCUUUCAUCCUGGGCAUUAUAUGCUUCAUUGUGGGAAGAGUAUCUCCACCACCAGUUCUGAUCCCAAACAGCAUGCGAAUCAAGAUCCCUCGUUGUGCCCUACUCAAAAUCAGUUUCAUUUAUGCACUCUCUGGUAUAGUGAUCACACUUUCUUUGGACCGGGACAGGGUUCUGUGUCAUUUACAGGAUCCCAUAAAGGGUAUCACCCUGGUGUUCUCCCUAGUCUACUAUUUCUUCUUCUGUCGCAAAAUGAUGAGCUUACAGAGGAUCUUUUCGAGCACCACAAUAAUAGUGGGCUUGUUCAUAAGCGUGGAUUAUGGCCUCUGUGAUGAAUUUCGAUGUAGAGGACGUGAAGUUUCAGCUCACACCACGACUUUGAGAGAAUCCUGGGGUGUGAAAGCUAUUUGGACGUUCGUUUAUGUGGGUGCCCUUGCUGCUUUUGCUAUGUUCUUCACUCUGAUUGAGGCCCAUUUUGCCACUGAGCAACACAACAUAUGUCAAAUAAUGGCUAAUCAACAGAACUCUUUCCUGUGUACGGUUUCAAGAUUGGUAUCUUCCCGAGAAAUCCGCCGACGAGGUUCUGACGAAGAGGAAGGUAGACUACUCCAUGUGACAGAUCCUGAUCCUGCAAUAAAGUCGAAGCACAUUCCGAAACCUCCAAUUCUUGAAACCCUUUUCUACAUUCAUUUAAUCGCCUUCUUCGCCAUUCUGUCGAUGUCUUGGAUUGACACCUUACCAGGAAUAGGCAGGGGAUUAUCUCCAGUAGAACUAUACCGUACUGUAGAGCAUGGACUUACGUGUCAUUUUAAAAGUAACGAAUCCUGCUCAAACAUUUCUACCCACGGCUGGAUUUUCUUAACUGCGUACAUAGUCUUUUCGAUUUCUGUGUUGAACUUCCUGUCUAUGUGUGAGAGCGCCGUUUUUACAGUUGCUACCGCUACUGUGUCUCUGCCAUUGUCUGGUAUUUGGUGGAGUAUUUACAAGAUGGACGUUCAUGGCGGUUUCAUUACUUGGUCCCCUGGAGUGACGGGAGAACUUAUCUGUGCAUUGCUGGGUCUUCCCGUAGUCCUUCUAGGCUUGGGUCUUCUUGUUAGAUCACACUUCCAGGAUACACAGCCUUGUUACUUAACCAUGCAACCACCAGACGUGCAAUAUGAACCUUCUCAAAGAUGAACAUCUUUUAGAAAGUCAUCUUAAGCCUUCCUUUGGAAGGUAUACUAGUCUCUUCAUAAUUAUCUCCGAAACACGAAGAAUCCACAACAAUGAUGCUACAAAUAUUUAUUUGGACGUUAUAUAACAAAAAAAAAUUUGACGUCAAUAUGUUAUAGUAAUUAAAAAAGAAAAAUAGGAAAUAAUAAGGGAAAAGAGAAUACUCCGGGAGAAAGUCCAUUCAACAACACGUGCAGAAAAGAUUCUGGAAUCGACUUAGGAUAGUAAUCUAAUUAAUUUCCAAUAUCGGAACAGAUUUGCUUUGUAUCGUUUCAACGACCCAGAUAAUAUAGAUGUAUGGAUGCUAUAGAAAACAGUCGAUUGCACUGGAUUUACGGAGUAUCGUCUCUAGACGUUGGAAACAAGCUUUCUGUGCGCAAUUGUGAUAAAAGAGGUGAUGUGGAGUCAGGGGAAGCGAUAAUAUCGAUUAUCUCGUACACACGAAAUAGCGAGAAAGUGAAAAAGAGAAAGGAGGAGAAAGGAGAGAAGCGAUCUAUGUUUCCUAUGUAAUUUGCCAGCGAGAACAUCCGUCUAGUCACACAACGUUAUUGCCGAUUUAUAUUUUAUUUUGAUAACGAGAAUAUUUUAUAUUUUCGAAACAGAGAACGUUCGAAUUACACGUGUUGAGAAAAAAUGUGUGUAUAUGUGCAAACGUGUGAAUGAGUAUAACUAAAAAAAGGAAAAAGAAACAAAAAUACGGGAGAUAUUUUAUAAUGUCAAGAUUAAUAGUGUGGCGCUGGAUUGAAAGUUGCAUAAUAUUGAAAUAUGAUAUUGUUGCCAUAUUAAAUGAACCUAAUAACUAAAAUUGGAAAUCUAACACAUCUGCGGAAAUAUGAGGAAAUGGCUCAAUUCAAUCUCCGUAUUUAAAGAUUGUUAUACUGAAAUAUGCUAUUCAUGAACAUCGAUCGUUACCUUUGAUUUAUGAUACAAUACAACAGUAAAUUACGCUAAUUUUUACCAAGACUUAGAGGAAUCAAGACAAAAUGCAAUAACACACAGUGUCAUAAACCAGAUGGCAACCAUUCGGUGAAAGUUUGCAUUCCUACGCGAAAAGAUUUUUCCUCGCGCGGAUUUAAUUAGAUAAUGGACAAGCCGAGUUGUCACCUAAUUUUCGGCACUACUUUGAAUUUGUCAACUUCAUUUCUUGAAGUUGGUGGAAAGAAAGUGAGACUACAAACAGAAUGCACCUCUUCUGACUGUUAACAAAACUCAUCAAUUGUACAAGUUUCUUAUUAGAAUAAGCGGAAUAAAUAAGGAGAGAUAGCUCCUUAAUUACGCAUUUGAAUUCAAAGUAGACUGAUU